AUGGUUCAGUCCAGCUCCAACACAAAAGGAUCCAACAUGGUGCAGUCUAGCUCCAACACAACGGGCAAGAAAAAACAGUCUCCUAAACAAGGCAAAAAGAUUCGCAAACGGAAUUCUCCAAAAGGUACAAAGCCAAGAGCACAAUGGAACGCUUUGCUUGAGAAGUCUCUUGUCGAGAUCCUACAUGAGCAUGACAACCCGUACCAUAGAGGUCAAAAUGGUUGGAGUGGUGAAUCUUGGACAGAAAUGGUGAACAUGUUCCACCAAAGAAAUCAGCAUGUGAGAUUUGACAAGUCGCAAGUUCAUGACAAGGAGAAGGAGCUCAAGAGGGAUUACAGAAUGCUGAAAGAUGCUCGUGAGCAAAGUGGAGUUGGGUGGAUUGCUAGUGAGUUCAAAUUGGAUGCUGAACCUUUUCUGUGGGAUAAUCUUGCAAUUUCUUUUGGUCCAAGAAUCUUGAAGUUCAAGAAAAAGUCAUUUCCACUAUAUGACACACUUGCAGAUCUAUACCAUAAACAUAUUGCGGAGGGAAACUUCAACUUUACCUCUACUGCUCAACAAAAGCCCCACGUGGAAAUCAAAAGUGAUGAUGAUGCAAUUGAUGAUGAUGGAGACAGAGGUAUUGAUUUAGAAGUCUUAGAUCAACCUGAGGUGGGGCAUAUAGAGGUCAAUCAAAGGCAGUCUCGGGUGGAGCAUGUGGAGGUCAAUCAAAGGCAGUCUAGGGUGGAGCAUGUGGAGGUCAAUCAAAGGCAGUCUAGGGUGGAGCAUGUGGAGGUCAAUCAAACAAGUGGUGUUGGCCCUUCAACAAACAAGCCUACAAAGCGUAAGAGAAGCCCCAAGAUCAAACCUAAAAGUAGUGGAGAGGCAUUAGUUGGAGUGAUGGACAGGUUUGUCAAUAUCAAGGAGAAAGAAGUCAACAACGAAGCUGCUCAACAAUUCACCAUAAGCAAAUGCAUCGCUGCCUUGAGAACCUUGGAAGGUUUUGAUCCUGCUGAAAAACCAAAAGCCUUUGUGGUCUUCAAAACUGUCGAGAACCGCGAGAUAUUCCUCAGUUCUAUCGAGGACAAUGAUGGCAGUGCAUUAGAUUGGCUUCGCAUUGAGAUGGCCAUGUUACCAUGAGGUGCCUGAGUUGUGUUUCUUCAAGAUCACAUGGACAAAAUCAACCGAGUUUUUUGAAGAGUCGACAUUUGUUGUCACAGAAACAUUGCUGGGAAUAGUUGUAUGGAAUAUGUAAUUUAUGCUGAAUUGUUGUGCACUAUGUGACUAAAACUCUUGCGUUUAUGGAUGCUGAUAACUAUUGGAUGUAGACUUCACAGAGUUGCAUUCAUCUGAUGCCAUAAAAAUUAUAUCUUUUGUAAC